AUGCCAGACAUUGAACCGCUCAGAUUUCCAUCAAGAGAAGAGAGACGACCUGCUCAACCAGAUCAAGUUGAUCUUCAGGGAGCCUGCUCUGGUCGGCGCCGUACUUGUGCCCUGCUCAACAGUCCAUCACCAUGUGUGACCAGUGCUAUUCAACAUAUUCAAGAGCUGAGAGCCAAAGUGGACAAAUGCUUUCAACAGCCAGGGAAGUAUCAUUCCCAAAUAGACCUGGACAAGUCCCCAUAUGAUCAAAAUCUACGAUUUCAACCUGGAGAUUCAGACGCGUCAGUCAUGUCUACAGAAUUAGUAAUUGAAGGCAUUGGAUUAACACCAAGAGAAGGCUCCUCAUCAUCACCACUACUCAAGAAAAUAAAUGACGUCCUCAGAGAAAUUGUGUAUCUGAUAGAGCGUUUGGAGGCAGAUCGACAGUAUGCUGAGGAAGCUUUGCUUGUUGAAAAGAGGAGAAAGAUGUUUUUGGAGAAAAAAUAUGACAGCAUUUCUUUGUGGAUGCAGAAGGAACAUUCAGUUGUUGUCCAAAAAGAGCAUGAGGCCUGUCUGAGAGACAUCACUGAACUCAAAUGGCAGCUGCGAUUGGAACAGGACAAACUUGAUAAGCUGAAGGAGACACUGGCCCUGAGUGAGAUGAAGAAGCAGCGAUUUCAUGAAGACAUCAACUUCUCCAAAGAUCAAAUACCUAUCGUGAAGGACAACAUGAACUUUCAGAGGAGCCUCAUAAAUCAGAUCAAUGCAGAUCAAAAAGAGAUUUUAAACAUCAGUACACAAGGGAAAGAGGAAAUGGAAAAGAAUGACAAGUUACAGGCGAUGAUAAAUUCUCUUAUGGAAGAUAUUGAGAAAACUAGAGUUAAUGGGGAGGCAGAAGUGUCCUGCACCAAAGCAGCGCUCCUUUCUGCACGUAAUACUUAUGAUGCUCUUCAUGCAGAAAACUUGGAAAGGAAGGAAAAAGUAGAAGAUUACAAGGUGAAGAUUUCUGAAAGCAAGAAAGCAGUGAAGCAGAUGCACGAGGAAAGAAAGCAGAUGCUCCAAAAAAUCAUUGACAAUGACGAGCAGUGGGAAAGGGCCAAGGAGGAAGUGACCCUGGUCGUUUCGCAGCACUGUACCACCCAGGCUAAGCUGGAGGAGCAGGAACAACUCACCUUCAUGGAAGAAGAAAAGGCCAGGAAAGUUAUCGAAAGCCUCAGGACAGAUCUCAACAGUCAGAUUACUGCUGUGGAAACACUCAAGGUUCAGUGUGCAAAGAUCAAAGGUGAAAUUUACCACUAUCAACAAGGCGCAGAACAAACUAACCUCAAACUCCAGCGAGAACUUGAAGAGUCUACAUCUGCAAUGAAAAUCGUAAAAUACAAUACUGAGAAUCUGAAGGCAUUGAUUACACAAAUGGAGAACCUUGAGAAGGAGCACAUUAGAACUUUGGACAACCUGAACAAAGAGAACUUGACAAAACAAGAACAAUUACAGGCUGCUAAGGAUUUAAAUGCUGCUACAAAAAAGAGAUAUGACUGCUCUGUGGACAGAAUCUGUGAACUUACGAAGCAAAGUCAAGAUUUCUACCAGGCCUCUGCAAAACUGGAAGAAGUUUUGGAGACAAUGCCAGCAGCUAUUGAAGAACUUGAGAGUGUUUUUGCCGUGGUAGAAUUCAAAAACAAAUCAUCUGCUCUCAUAAUGAACACCUUGCAGUCUGAUAUUAAUAACGGCUUACAACGAACACAGCGAUCCAUGCAGGUGCACACUGCUCAUGUUACAGCAAGGAAAAAGAAAAUGGAAGACACCCAGGAGGAACUGAGAGUUUCUCUCAGUGAAAACAAGCAGUUGGCAAGGACCUACGAGAAGCUGACUGAAGUCCUCUUGGAAAACAAACGAGAUGCUGCGUUUGCCCUGACUGAGAAAAACAAUGCUCAACGAUCUUUCCUUGAUUACAAAGAGCUCUCUUUGUUGCAGAAGAGGAUGCACAAAGCUUUGGUGAAAUACUUCAAACAACGUAGCCUCUACAGCCAGGCUCAACUGGAUCAGUGCCAGGCUCUUUCCCAAGAGAGCGACCAGAAAAUAAAAACAGCUCAGGAGUGGUUGGCUGAAGAGAUCCAUGCUAUUUCAACAUUCCUUCAGUCUUUGGCAGACUCCACUUCCUUGGAAGAAGUCCGGGUGAACAAACAAGCAAAUUCAGAUGCUACUCAGUAA